GGAGCUGGGUUCACCCGCUUAGACAAGUUGCUACCAAACGGCUAACCAUAAAAUUUUCUCGGUAGUUUACCCAUAGCUUAUGGCAUACCAAUACUCUCCCUAAAUUCUGUGCCGAAGGACUGUACAGUCAUUACUCUGCCUGUUUUAAGUUUACGGUUUACCGACGUCCGACGUAUUUCUUGAAUCAGUAGUUGAAUGUUCUGCAUUUUGUGAGUUUAUGAUUUAUCCAGAGUUUGUUUUUCCCAAACAUCGUUCCGUAUGCUUGACUUUUCUAUCUGAUUUCUGUUUCGCCGAAUUGAUUUAAUCUUCGCGCGAAAAUGAGUAACCUAGACGAUUUUUUUGCCAAAAAAGAUAAGAAGAAACCUGCAAAGAAGGCCGAGAGCGCCCUGAAAACGACGGAACUCUUCAAGGUCCUUGACAGCGCUGCUCAAAAUGUCCAGUGGGAUGAUCAGGAUUCCGACGGCGGAAAGAGCCGAAGAGACAUAGGCACGGUACUGGGAGACGUUCUGAAUCCCGAGGAAGCCUCCAAAUGGGCCGAUCCCAUCGAAGAAGAACGCCACUAUGAUCUGUCCAAUCUGAAGAUUGAAUCCCUUCAGUCGCCCGAUGAGUACGACACAAACAACACUGCUGCCAAUGCCGACCCGUCAAAAACCACGAAAACAUGGGACAUUCCAAAGAAAAAGGACGUGAGUGCCAAACAGGAGGAAAAGAUUAUUGGCAAGAGCCCUGUGAGUGACAGUCCAGUAAAUAAGGAAAAGCCAACUGCUUCGGAAGCACCCAAGGAGGUUGCGGCUAGCAGUGAUGCUGCGAUCAAAGGGGAAAACAAAGAAACCGACGAAAAGAAAUCUACUGUUGAGAGCGUGGAAAAGCCAGGCCCACAGCAAGGGGCAUACAUCGCUCCUGGUAUGCGCAAUCGCCUCCCCGAAACAGCGCCAGUGAAUCCUGCGCCGACUCCCAAAGAUAUUGCGAAAAGCUCAUCUGAUGGUGGUGGUAGUGCCUACGUUCCACCUCAUAUGAGGGACAAACCGAAAGAGCUGGAAAAGACCGUCCUCAUGUCCUCUUCAUCAGGCGCACCGCAGCCGAUCAAAGCGCCCGAACUGGACAAUGAACAACAGUUUCCGAGCUUGGGUGGUCCUGCUCCGAAGCGGAAAUGAAGAAGAGUCAUGCAAUGCAGUGUGUCGCUGUCAUUUGUAGACGUCUUACACAGUUGCAAUGUGAUCGAAUGUGUUUUCGGUUGUUUGAAUUCGGUUCAGUAGUAUCAGAGUGGUCCCAUCGCAGAGUGCUCUCGCUUUAGUUCAUCUUUCAUAAGUCGAAAUCCUCAUUACUGUUUCGCAGAUACCCGCCCGACUAUUCCAGCUGCUUUGGAAGAAUGUGUUAGCGCCAUACUUUUUCGCCCCCGCACCACCGGAAAUGGAUGAGAAAAAACAGAAGAAAAUGGAACGCAAAAUGCGACGCUGAUGAUUUGAAAAUUUGUUUUCUAUUCCUGUCCUGUUGGUGACUGAAAUUUUAUUUUUGUUUCUGAUUGCUAAUUUAUUGAAGAUCGGCAUGAAGAUUAAGAAAAAGCUUUUG